AUGGCGGAUGCUGCGAAUGCUGCUACUUUGGAGCAGGCAAAUGCUGUUCAGGACGCUGUCGUUCAACCUGUGGAACUCCCACCCGAUGGCGGCUUUGGCUGGGUCGUGGCAGGAGCACUGAGUCUCAUCAAUUUCUUCACAUGGGGUGUGGCCGCAUCCUACGGAGUUUACAUCUCUCACUAUCUGGCUACGGACUAUUUUCCUGGAGCGACACCACUGGACUACGCCCUCAUCGGCGGACUGGAAUUCGGCGUGGCAAUGAUUAUUUCGCCACUGUGUACGGUCCUUACGCGAGAGGUUGGAAGGCUUGGUGUCAUGCUGGCUGGCACUGUGAUGUUUGCUGGGGGCUUUGUUGCUGCGUCUUUCGCCCACAAAACGUGGCAGUUGUAUUUGAGCCAGGGAGUGUUGAUUGGACUUGGACUCGGUGCGAUUUUCAUCCCCUCGAUUCAGGUCCUCCCUCAAUGGUUCCUGAAACGACGCUCUCUCGCCGGGGGAAUAGCAUCAGCAGGCUCUGGCUUCGGAGGCCUGACCUUCUCACUCGCUACCAACGCCAUGAUCGAGCAGAUUGGGCUCUCCUGGGCACUACGUAUCACUGGCAUCCUUUGCCUCGCCGGAAACCUCUGCGGAGCUCUCAUGAUCCGGGACCGUAACGCUCAAGUAAAGCCACCGCAACUCGGUUUCGCCACGCACUUGCUUCGCCGGUACGAUUGUCUCUUGCUGCUAGCAUGGGCGUUUAUCAACCUUCUCGGCUACAUGACGAUCCUCUACUCGUUAUCCAAUUAUGCCGUGCAAGUCGUAGGCCUCCCUCAAUCUCGUGCCAGCCUUAUCACAGCCGUGCUCAACCUGGGUACUGGCUUUGGACGACCAGCAAUUGGACUGAUCAGCGAUUACUUCGGGAGGAUCCAAGUUGCAGCCGUGACUACGUUCUCGUGCGCGGUAGCCGUCUUCGCAAUCUGGAUUCCAGCGACGAGCUUCGGCGUGCUCAUCUUCUUCGCGCUGAUCAGCGGUGCGAUUCUUGGAGUCUACUGGAUGUCCGUUGGUCCUCUGUGUGCUGAGGUGGCAGGCCUGGCUGAGGUGCCUUCUUUUUUGUCGUUGCAGUGGCUUACAACUGUGCUGCCGACGACGUUUGCGGAGGUCAUUGCGUUGUACUUGAGACGCCCGAGCAAGGGGCGAUGGGGAUACCUCUACCCUCAGAUAUUCGCUGGAUUGUCUUUUCUGGUGUCGUCGCUCUGCCUUUUUGAACUCUGGAGAGUCAAGAACCAACAGAAACGAAAAGAGCAGUCUCAGAUGACACAGGUUAGCAGAUAG